CUGCUGAAACUCGACUUUUGUCGAGAGGUUGCUGAGCCCGAGCACCGAAGCCGCGAAUCCAGUUUCUUCUUCACUCGCACGGCGUCAGAGGCAGACGGGCAACCCGGGAGCGAGCGCCAAUAAUAUUAUUCGCAAAAUUUGCAGCGCAAAAAAACAGAAAGUUGGAAAUUGUUUCUGCUCUCAGCCUUUGUUGACGCUGAUCCUCUGCGGGCCAUGGAGCUGGCUUUGAGUAAGUCUACGUGCUCCGCUGGAGCACCACCCGCUGCGUCCUGCAUGGAAUGCUGCUCUGAAUGCCCCCUCUCUUGCUGCAGUGCGUCGUCGUGUUACGAUGCCAGCUGCGAGAUGCUGCCACAGGAUGCCAUUCGAUACGAGUACCACGAGCCGGAGGAGAACUUUGUAUCUAUCGAUGAUGUGAAGAUCAAGGCGCUGCUUUUGAGAAUCGGCCAGCAGCAGCAGCAACAGCAGCAGGAGGAGCUGGAAAGGCAGCGUCGUCUGGAAAGAGAGAAGGAUUGCCUGGAAAUCAUUGUGCUCGAUGAAGAGGGAGUAAAGCAGAAGGAACAGCCACCGUCCGGUUUGAUCAUCAGUGCAGCCAGAAGCUUGGCAGGAAUUUGGCCACAGCAACGUACAUCACCCGACAUCCAAUUGAUACCCAGAGUAGAGCAGCGCAUUGUGGCGGAGAUCGAGCUAAGCGACAGCGAUGAGGAGCAAGAAGAGGAUCCAGAAGAGCCCAGCGAUGAGGAUACUCUGCCACUGGCUGCCGUCAGCUGUGAACUGAAAGAAGAGGAGCUGGCACAAGUGAUUGUUCUGCAAUCAGAGGAUGAAGAAGAGAAGGAACAGCGGCCAACCAAGCAGAAGAAGCAUGGUCCCCGCAGACCAAACAAACGACGCCCUUAUGUUAACCGCCGGGGACGGCAUCUCUUCGAGUGCGCCGCCUGCGGGAAGAAGGUGCAGUCCAACUAUAAUCUGCGGCGCCACAUGAUGAUACACACAGGCGAACGUCCCUUUCCCUGUGAUCUGUGCGAGCGUCGCUUCCGAGAGUUUAGCGAUCUGAAGAAGCAUCGCCGGAGGCACUCUCAUGAUCCGCUGUUCAUCUGCAUGAUCUGCCAUCUGGGACCGCCCAUAGAGCAGGACUCGACGCGCUGUGCGGACUGCGAGAGCAAGAAUCUCAUGGUGAAGCCGGAUACGGAAGAAGCAGACCAAGCAGAGGAUGAUCCUGUGGAAGAGAUGGAAGAAGAUGAUGAGGAGGAGCAGGACGACGGAGAGGAGGAUCAAAAGGAUGCCACACCACCACCGGCAGCGCCCUCGCUACCACCCACCUUGACCGUGACCCUAGUACCAAUAAUACCACAGCACACCCCACCCGCCCCAGAGGUAGUUGUGCCACCGCCACCACCAGUACAGCCACCUGCAACUGCUCGCCCGCCCCUGCCACGCAGCUGCAGCAGCGCCAACUCAUCCUCGUCCCUCAGCAAUGACGCCACAGUCACAGCUUCCCCGAUGAGGCCCUCUAGAAGUCGCCGCUCCUAUCCCUGCCCGCUGUGCCACCGUCCCUUUGGAACGCGCCACAACCUCAAGCGCCACUAUAUGAUCCACACCGGCGAGAAGCCUUUCAGCUGCACCAAGUGCCGCAAGCCAUUCCGCGAGUGCUCGACCCUCAAGAAGCACAUGGUCACCCAUGUCCGGGAUCGCUGGUACAAGUGCCUGCGCUGCCCAUUGAGGUUCCAGGACUAUCUGGACUACACUUCCCACAAAGCCUCGCAUCAGGAGGAGAAGUCAGCCUAUGAGAGCGAUGACGGCGACAGUUCGGUGGAGGAUUGGCUGGAGUGCUGCGAGUGCCAGCAGAGAUUCACCGAACUGGAUGCGUACACGGCACAUCUCAAGCAGCACGACAUGGAGCUGUACGGCAUGAGUGUGGAUGAUGUGGACGUCGAGGAACAGGGGACCUAACUGGAGACCUAACUGUGAUGCCACCAAACGGAUCGAAAGAACGAAUUUUCUAUACGAUGAUUGAAUCAUUUAUUUAUUUUAGUUAUUUUAUUAACUUCCACUGUGAGUGAGGAGAGGUGUGGUUUCUCUCAAACAGGAUUACAAAUCCUGCUUAAAAUCAAGACAUUCCUAUCCUGUAAGGCAGUAUUUCCUAUAUGUAUAAUCCACUACAACGAAUGAAACAUUCAUAUUUUAUUUUAAGUUCUAUUCACCUACCUUUUUCCAGCUAUACAUAAAGUCCAUCUAACCCAGUGAAAGAAUCGCAAUCGCAGUGGACUUCCAGUAAUAAUUACCGAUAGAAUGAAGCACGGAGUAAAUUCUUUUAUAUAUCACUACUGCUUGGUUAAUCCAUAUGAUAAGAAAUACAUACAUAUCUAUGAACUAAACAAAAUGCCCUAAAAAUAGGGGCUUAUCUUUUAAUUUAAUUAUUUAUAUUUAUUAUGAUAUUAAAAAGUAAACGUAUUAAGCGCACAAGAGUUGGUGAACUGUACAAGAGAUAUAAUCAUCAUCGUCAAAGAACCCCCAAGGAUAGGGAUAAAGCUAAACUCGAUUUCAGUAGAGAAUAA